UAUCCGAGGCUGACAAUCUACUUAGCAUGUUGAAGGAAGAGCUCAGUAUCUCACAGCAGAAGCUGGAAAGCAUAGAGAAUGAUCUAAAAGCAACUGAAUCGAAGGAAGCUGAAGUUAUCGAGAAGCUCAAGCUGGCCGAGGAGCAGCUAGAGCAACAAAGCAAAGUGUUGGAGACGGUGACUGCAAGGAGUGCAGAACUUGAGACGUCGCAUGAAACUCUAUCAAGAGAUGCAGACCUCAAAAUGCAGGAGGCAAUUGAUAAUUUCUCCAACAGAGAUACUGAGGCGAAAUCGUUGCAUGAAAAGGUGCAGGAUCUUGAAAAUCAAGUGAAAAGCUAUCAAGUGCAGCUUGCAGAAGCAACAGAGAAACAUGAAACUGCAAGUAAAGAGCUCGAUCAGAUUUUAUUGAAGCUUGCUUCUUCUGAAGACAUCAGUGAAGGCCUGAAAACGAAGAUCCUCGAGGUUGAAGGAAAAGCUGACUCUUACGCCUCAGAGAACGCGCUCUUAUCUGAAAAGAAUAUGCAGCUCAGUGAGAAGGUUCAAGAUCUUGAAGAAAAGCUAAACGUUACAGUUUCUGAGAGGGAAAUCUCUUCACAGCAGCUCGCUUCUCACUUGAGCAGCAUCACGGAACUGACUGAGCAGCACUCUAGGGUCUCUGAACUUCAUUCUGCAGCUGAAGCUCGCAUUUCUCAAGCAGAAGCUCAGUUGGAAGAAGCCCUACAAAAAGAAAAUCUAGAGAGAGAAACACAAGUAAAGAGAGAGAGAGAGGAUGGGAGAUGAAAGGGUGAAGAACGAGGCAAUGGAGAUUAUGGGUCUGUUUCAGUUGCUGCCUCGCCUCGUCGUCUUCGAUCUCGAUUAUACUCUCUGGCCUUUCUACUGCGAAUGUCGGUCGAAACGGGAUAUGCCGAGAGUGUAUCCUCAUGCCAAGGGCAUUCUCUACGCCCUCAAGGAUAAAGGUGUUAAGAUUGCAAUUGCCUCAAGAUCACCAACUCCUGAUAUAGCUAACACUUUUCUUGAUAAAUUGGGGAUAAAAUCAUUGUUU